UUUCUUAUAUAACACACUCUCUCUCAUUCGCUCACUCUAACCAUUAACUAACUAACCUCCCUCUUGAAGCAUGGCUGCUUCUACAUUCCCUCUCAAAGAUGACCUCGAUAUCGUCAUACCCACCAUUCGCAACCUCGAUUUUCUCGAGAUGUGGAGACCCUUCUUCCAACCCUAUCAUUUGAUCAUUGUUCAAGAUGGUGAUCCAUCUAGGAACAUCAAGGUCCCUGAUGGCUUUCAUUAUGAGCUUUAUAAUCGCAACGAUAUUAACAAGAUUUUGGGCCCCAAAGCUUCUUGUAUCUCCUUCAAGGAUUCCGCUUGUCGUUGCUUUGGGUACAUGGUUUCUAAGAAGAAGUAUAUCUUCACCAUUGAUGAUGAUUGCUUUGUGGCAAAGGACCCAACCGGGAAGGACAUAGAUGCUCUUAGACAACACAUCAACAACCUCCUUAACCCUUCAACUCCCUAUUUCUUCAACACCCUUUACGACCCAUUCUCCGAUGGUGCAGAUUUCGUUCGUGGCUACCCCUUUAGCCUCCGUGAAGGUGUUCCAACCGCAGUGUCUCACGGUCUUUGGCUCAACAUCCCGGACUACGAUGCACCAACACAGCUCGUCAAACCUCGAGAAAGGAACACAAGGUAUGUUGAUGCAGUCAUGACACUCCCAAAGGGCAUUCUCUUCCCUAUGUGUGGAAUGAACCUCGCGUUCGACCGAAGCCUCAUUGGCCCAGCUAUGUACUUUGGGCUCAUGGGUGACGGUCAGCCCAUUGGCCGUUACGACGACAUGUGGGCUGGCUGGUGUGUCAAGGUAAUAUGUGACCAUUUGGGGCUCGGGAUCAAGACGGGGCUGCCCUACAUUUGGCACAGCAAGGCAAGCAAUCCAUUUGUGAACCUCAAAAAAGAAUACAAAGGCAUAUUUUGGCAAGAAGAGAUUAUACCGUUCUUCCAAGACGCCAUUCUCCCGAAAGAGUGCAUCACGGUGCAGGCUUGCUACAAAGAAUUGUCAAAACAGGUCAAGGAUAAGCUAGGGAAAAUUGAUCCGUACUUUGUUAAGCUCGCGGACGCCAUGGUUACAUGGAUCGAUGCUUGGGAUGAGCUCAACCCACCGGCUAAAGUGGCUGGUAGCAAGUGAAGAGAGAUGCACAUAUACACAAACGGUUAUACAAAUCGUCUUGGACAAGAGGGAGAAUAAUAAGAAAGAUGGUUUAUAUUAUCGUUUUUGUUAAUGUGACCUUCCGAAGACCCACUCGGACCAGAUUGUAUCGCCAAGCCCUGUGUGAUUGCACCCAACUCGUUAAUUAGCGUUUGUAGUAUUAUGAACUUUUUUUAGUAGUGAAAACACUUGGUAUUUGAAACUA